UUCAUGCGCAUUCUUUACCGAUCUGAAGUUGAGUGGGUUUUCUGCUCAAACUCCUCCUCUCAGGCUAACGCAAAAGAAUGGCGGUGCUUGCGAUGGCUUCCGGGGUCCUCCGGCCGAGCCUUGGUCUGAAUCUGGAGCCGGGAGGUGUUGGCUUGUGGCCCACCCUUUUGAGCCACUCGCUUUUGCGCGUAGUGGAGCAGCCUUUCUCCGACGCUGCGUCGUGCAUCACAACACACGGGGGAUACGACGCCUGAGAGCUCAGAGUUGAUGAUUUUAGUGGCUGCCAUUUUUUUCUUGCCUUAAUAGCGGCCAAAAAGAUUUGGCGUGGACGACCUAGACCUUGAUCUCUCCUCUCUCUCUCUCUCUCUCUCUCUCUGUCUGUCACUCUCUCAUUUUGUCCGAGGGUGCGACCUUGGCGGUGGCUGUGGGGUUGUGGGCGAUGGCUAAGAGAGUGGACAAGCAGGUAAAUCUCUUCUACUGCGCCGAGUGCGAGGAGCUCGCCAGGAAAGUGGCUGAUCACUCCGACGCCAUCCAGCUCCGGACUAUCUCUUGGAGAUGUCCAUCCCAACGCACUCCUAGAGCUACAUACCCAACUGCUGUUGAGGAUGACAGUUCCAAAGAGACUAACAGAAUUCCAACACCUAAAGUGAUAAUUGAUCAAGACUCAAACCUAGAUGCAACCAUAAUCGAGGUAGCCUUUGGCGAUCGCCUUGGAGCACUACUUGCCACUGUAUACUCGAAAUCUCUGACUCCCAUCAUGUUUUUCUUACAAUGUUUCUUUUUUGUUUCUAGAGUAGCAAACAUUUUUUAGCUUUGAUUUUUUGUUUAUAAUUAUAUACUUUGUAUAUGU